AUGGCUUCCUCGACGCACGACGCCCGUGUGGUGACUUACAACGUGCUCUCUAGCUCGCUCUGCGAGCCUGAUUACUUCGCACACUGUGAUCCCAAUGAUCUGCAUCCGCCAAACCGCCUGGCCAAGCUCCUGGCCAAGCUUGAGCCGGAGAUGGCCAAGGGAGCAGUGAUCGGCCUCCAGGAGGUGUCUCAGAAGUGGGCAGGCGAGCUGCACGUGUUCUUCGCAAAGCGCGGCUAUCACAUGAUUUGCUCGCUAUACGGCAAACCGUUCAACGGGUACAUGGGCAUCGCGCUCGCUGUUCCUUUGGCCAAGUACGAUGUCAGCAAGGUCGACAUAUCGCGCUGCAGCGAUACCAAGAAGUUGCCAAGGGAGCCCAAACCCGGGCUGUUGCAAAAAGUCAUCAACUACCCCAUAAACCUCUAUCGUAAGGUAUCUGGCGAGCGAGCACCUCAGAGCGACUGGCAGCUGGCUAAGGGGCGAUUCAAUACUAUCAUGUACGCGUCGCUGCAGUGCAAGAAAUCAGGAGCGAAGUUUGGAGUUGCGAACUACCACAUGCCGUGUAUGUUCCGCAACCCGAAGGUGAUGACCAUCCACUCGCAGCUCGCAGCUAUGUAUGCGCAGCAGCAGUCUGGCAACCUCCCUGUGAUCCUCAUGGGCGACUUCAACCUCAAGCCGGGCGACGGGGGAUACGAUCUCAUCACGACGGGUACGCUCGCGUCGGACCACGAGGCCGCGCCGGUACCUCCUGCGGGUGAGGAGUGGUCCACAUCGUUGAAGUAUCCGAUGCGGAGUGCGUAUAAGGUGGCCAACGGUGCCGAGCCGGAUUUUACCAACUUUGCGCAAAUCAAGGACGACCCGCAGUUCAUCGACACCUUGGAUUAUAUCUUCAUCUCCCCGAAGAUCGAGGUAGCUGAAGUGUUGCAGCUUCCCCACAGGAGCGAGGUCAAGGGGCCGUUUCCAGCGCCCGAUGAGCCGUCGGAUCAUAUCCUUCUCGCGGCUACACUUCGUGUGUGA